UGCAGAGGAGAAGUAAAUGCCAGGCAUGGCUACGACAGAAGUUACAGUGAAGACUCUGGACUCCCAGAGCAGAACCUACACAGUUGAAGAAGAGCUUACAGUCAAAGAAUUCAAAGAACACAUCUCCAGCUCUGUCAACAUCCCAGCUGACAAGCAGAGGCUCAUUUACCAGGGCCGAGUUCUGCAAGAUGACAAGAAGCUUAAAGAUUAUGACGUCCAUCACAAAGUCAUCCACUUGGUCGAGCGUGCACCACCACAGGCACAGCCAGCGUCAGGAGGUCCUUCCUCGGCAGGCUCUUCCAUACCCCACCCAGGGGGCGGGCGAGGGAAUUCAACCGGACCCCAUGACAGGAAUGCCAACAGUUAUGUGAUGGUGGGCACCUUCAAUUUGCCAGUCAACCUUCUAGACCCUCAGCAGAUACAGCAAUCAGUGCAGCAGGUGAUGGCAGGUUUGGGUGAGGCUGGUCGGAAUACACGAGUCACAACUUCCACCGGGAGUGAUGGAUCGUCGAUGGAUGUGCACAUCAAUGUGGAACAGAGUCCCAUCCAGAGUGAGCCGAGAGUUCGCCUGGUACUGGCACAGCAUAUGCUGAGAGACAUUCAGGGGAUCUUGAACAGGCUGGAGGGUCAUACGAAUGGCACUCCGCAGGAGAUGGCUGCUCAGAGCCCAGUGGGUGCCUCGGGCUUGUCGGCAGAACCUGCAGCACCCGCCACACCGGUAGCUGGAGAAAGCAUGGAGACGUCCAAUUCAGAGCCUCCACCAGCAACGACGGCCCAGCCUCCAGAACCAGCAGCUGAGAGCGUCUCCCAGGAGAGUACAAGCACAUCAACAGCCACUGACCACAAUGUGGGCUCCUCCUCAGCUACCACACAGACCGAAGAAGCUCUGCCCGGGCCCAACCACCCAUCCCCCACAGAGUACCUCGAGGUUCUGACUGAGCUCCAGAGGGUAGAAGCGAGACUGCAACCAUUUGUUCAGCGGUACCAAGAGAUCCUGAGCACGGCCACGACCGCGGAUUACAACAACAACACUGAAGGCAGAGAAGAAGACCAGAGGAUCAUCAACCUUGUCGGCGAAGCCCUUCGUUUCUUGGGCAACACCUUCGUGGCUCUGUCUGACCUCAGGUGCAACUUGGCAGCUAACACUCCCCGUCACCUGCAUGUGGUGAGGCCUAUGUCCCAUUACGCUUCACCUGUAGUGCUGCAGCAGGCUGUGCCCAUUCAGCAGAUCAAUGUUGGAACGACAGUCACCAUGACGACCAACGGCAACCGGACACAGCACACGGCUGAGGGUCAGGCAGCGGCCUCCCCCACUGCCAAUGCCACUCCUGCUGCCCAGCCACAGGGCCCGGAGUCACGGGAAGCGCCGGAGACUCAGGGCUCCCAGGCUCAGACCCAGACUCCACAUCCCCGGGUCAUCCGCAUUACACAUCAAACCAUGGAGCCCGUUGUCAUGAUGCAGAUGAAUCUUCAAGGAGAUUCUGCUACACCAGGGAAUGCUUCUGCAACUGCUUCAUCAACAACAGGAAAUUCUGGCCCAGGUGCCAUGCCUCACAUUCAGGUCCCGGGAAUAACACCUGAAUUCAUGCAGACCAUCAUGCACCAGAUUACCCAGCAGGCUAUGGCAGCAGCUAGCGCGGGCUCAGCAGGGCAGCAGGUUCCUGGGUUUCAGCCUUCACCUGCCCGAGUGGUGAUUACCCGGCCUCCACCCCCUCCCCCACGGCAGACCCAGUCAGCAUCAGGACCACAACCUGGCCCACAGGUUCCUCCUGGCUCUACCCCUGCCCCUGAUCCUGGCACUGGCCCCGGCCCUGGUCCCGGUCCCACCCCCGGUCCUGCCACUCUUGCUCAGAUGAUCACCGGACUGGUAGGGCAACUUCUGAUGCAGCCCGUCGUCUUUGCCCAGCCCCCGACCAGUGACAGCGGCUCCUCGGCAGCUACCGGCACCAGCACCACGGCCGCCUCGUCCACCACCACGUCAGCCACGGCCGGCCAAGCCCCCACCUCCACCACCAACUCGACCGGGACCACCGCCUCAGCCACAGCGGACGGUGGUGGCCAGCAGCAGCAGCAGCACCCUGCCCCUCCCGAUGUCCAGUUCUCGCAGCUCCUCGGCAACCUGCUGGGGGCGGCGGGCGCCGGCGGCGUGGGCUCGCCGACCAUCACUGUCACCUUGCCGGGGAUGCCGGCUUUUGUCCAGGGCAUGACCGAGUUCCUGCAGGCGGCGCAGGGAGCUGUGACGGUUCCCCAGGCGGCCCCGGCAGCCUCCCAGCCGACGGCUCAGGGGGCUCCCGCUGCCCCCCCUCCUCCACCAUCGCAGCCGCAGCCGAGUCAGGACCGGGCCGGUGGCAGACAGCAGCAGCAGGCGGGAGCGGACACCCUGACUCCGGAGUUCUUCACCAGCGUGGUGCAGGGGGUGCUCUCCUCCAUGAUGGGCUCGCUCAACGCACAGCAGGGCAGCACCGAGAGCAUCGCUGACUUCAUCCAGCGGCUGAGCGGCACCAGCAACAUCUUCGAGCCGGGAGCAGACGGCGCUCUCGGAUUCUUCGGAGACCUGCUGUCCCUGAUUUGCCAGAACUUCUCCAUGGUGGAUAUGAUCAUGUUGCUGCACGGCCAGUUCCAGCCCCUGCAACGGAUCCAACCUCAGCUCAACCGCUUUUUCCGGGAGCAGUACCUCAACAACCAGGAGCCAACAGAGCAGAACAUCCGGGCAUCAACAGACGUCUUGAUAAAUGGUCUAGAGGAGUACAUCCAAGAAAGUUUUGCGUCUGUGGUUGUGCGAGAUGAAGUAGACAUCACCAGUACAAAUUUGGAAUUCUUGAGGGAGCAGUUCAAUCGGAUUGCUACACACAUUCUCCAGUGCACGGACGCUAGUUUUGGUCACCGACUUCUGGAGCUGUGUAAUCAGGCUCUGUUUGAGUGCUUAGCGCUGAACCUCUACAGUCUACGAGGAGAGCAGAGUGCGUUGACUACAGUCAUCAAUGAUCGGAUCCGGCGUAUGUCAGUGGAUGUUAACCCCUCGCUGGUGAACUGGCUGACCACUAUGAUGGCAAUGAGGCUACAAGUGAUCAUGGAGCACAUGCCAGUGACAGAGGAGCAGAUUCUGCAGUAUGUCAGGAGGAGGCAACCUUCGGCCCAAGAGCCAGAAACACAGCAGAACAUGUCUGAGGACCGUGUGGAGGAACAUCCAACAGAGUCUGAAGAGACUGUGCAGGAAGCACCACAGAGGAAGGACUCGACUGCGUCUCCCGCUCCCGCCACCACCGCGGAGGAGGUGAUGUCAACAGAGCCUGCCGUAUCAAUGGGAGCGGACGCUGCACAGAGGGAAGGCUCCGAGGCAGAGCCCUGGGUGGCCGCUGUGCCGCCGGAAUGGGUGCCCGUAAUCCGACAGGACAUCCAGAGCCAGAGGAAGAUGAAGCCGCAGCCUCCUCUCAGUGAUGCCUACCUCAGCGGCAUGCCAGCUAAACGGCGCAAGACAAUGCAGGGUGAAGGGCCACAACUCUCUCUGGCGGAUGCCGUGGGUAAAGCUGCCAAAGCGGUCGGCGUCAAGCCGGUCACCAGCGUGGAAAGUCUGGCUCGGGACCUGGAGAAAGCAGAGGCCCAAGAAGCCUACAGGCAACAGAUCCAGUCCGACAUCCAGAAGAGGAUAAGGGAAGACCCGGAAUACAGCGCAGAGCGGUUUCCAAACACACACACUGCCUUUGAAGAGCCCUCAUAGUGCAGCCUCCGUUCUCUCCCCAAACCCCCACCGUCGACUGGACUUGUCCAGUUUCUGACCAGGGAGCGAGUGCAAGGUUCCCAUGUUGUGUGGGUCCCCAUCGUGAGUCCACUCACUGUCCACACUGUUCAAUUAUUCUCCUCCCGCCGCGGAACUCCGCGUUGCACUCUUUUUUUUUGUUGUUUGUUCUUAAUCUUGAAUAAAGUACAACAGCUCUGUGCUGCAGUGAAGCCUGAACACA